CAAAGUCUUCUGAUACGUUUAAAGGCCUGUGAAAUAUUCUCCAUUUGUUGUAGAGAAUUCCAAACGAACAUUCAAUUAAGCGACGUGCCCGAGACAAGCGUAAAGGAAGUACAAAGAAAAUGGAAAAGUCUUAGGAAUUGUUUUGCACGCGAGCAAUCUCGAAGAAAAAAUAUUAAGUCUGGCUCAGGUCAAUCAUCUUGGAAAACGUACGUAUUUUAUAAUCAGUUAUCAUUUCUUGGAUCAAGUGCAACAAAUAGACCAACUACAUCUAAUGUCACUCCUACACAUGAUGAUGAUGAUGAUGAUGAUGAUAAUGAUGAAUUGGGCACAGAACAAAAUACUCAAGAUAGUGAACAUUUUUUUGAGUCGACAGAAGAAUCUCAAACUCGCAGAAAUCAGAGACAAAAAAAAAAAUCAAAAUCAAACCAUAAUGAAUCUGAAGAAAAUUUGUUUGGAACUAUAGCCAGAAGUUUAGAAUUUAGAAACCAAAUGGAAAAAGAAGCAAUGGAGGAUCAAGAUCGACUAUUUUUGUUAUCUUUAGUGGGUGAUUUAAAAAAAGUCCCCCCUCAUUUGAAAAUGCAAGUGAAAUCAAAUAUAAUAAAUGUUAUCAGUCAUAGCCUCGCACUCCAACCACAAAGAAUUGAUUUUGAUCCACGUUGUCAGUUAAAUCCUCCAAAUAGUUAUCAAACAUUACCUUUUACUCAACACCCAUUUGGACUCCAACAAGCUGCUACAUCUCAACAACCACUUUCAACAUUUACACAAGCCUUUCCGAAUCACUAUACUAAACGUAUGUCUGAUGUUCAAUACAAUAAUCAAAAUAUUAACUACGCAAUGGAUACUUCAUCUACAUCUACCAACAGUAAUAAUUCCUCGUUAGACGUAGAAAGUAGUCCACCAAUUAAUUCAAACUUGGUUAGUUACAUAAAUGAUUAUACAUCCUCAGACAACUAACAAGUGCGUAAUAAGUAUUUUUGAUCAGUUUAAACGAGUUGUUUUAAA